GCGCGAGAGCCGGCGAUGGGCCCCGCGGCGGGGCUGGCGGCGCUGCUGGCGGUGCUGGCGCUCGGAGCAGGGGACCCGGCAGGGGCCGCGGCGCGGGGGGACACGUUCUCGGCGCUGACCAGCGUGGCGCGCGCCCUGGCGCCCGAGCGCCGGCUGCUGGGGCUGCUGCGGCGCUACCUGCGCGGGGAGGAGGCGCGGCUGCGCGACCUGACCAGAUUCUAUGACAAGGUGCUUUCUUUGCACGAGGAUUCGGCAACCCCUGUGUCUAACCCUCUGCUUGCAUUUACUCUCAUCAAACGGCUACAGUCUGACUGGAGGAAUGUAGUACAUAGUCUGGAGGCCAGUGAGAACAUCCGAGCUCUGAAGGAUGGUUAUGAGAAGGUGGAGCAGGACCUGCCAGCCUUUGAGGACGUUGAGGGAGCAGCAAGGGCCCUGAUGCGGCUGCAGGAUGUGUACAUGCUCAACGUGAAGGGCCUGGCCCGGGGCGUCUUCCAGAGAGUCGUUGGCUCCGCUGUCACUGACCUGUACAGCCCCAGACGGCUCUUCUCCCUCACAGCAGAUGACUGCUUCCAAGUUGGCAAGGUGGCCUAUGACAUGGGGGAUUACUACCAUGCCAUUCCAUGGCUGGAGGAGGCUGUCAGUCUCUUCCGAGGAUCUUAUGGAGAAUGGAAGACAGAGGAUGAGGCAAGUCUAGAGGAUGCCUUGGAUCACUUGGCCUUUGCCUACUUCCAGGCUGGCAAUGUUUCGUGCGCCCUCAGCCUCUCCCGAGAGUUUCUCCUCUACAGCCCAGAUAAUAAGAGGAUGGCCAGGAAUGUGUUGAAAUAUGAAAAGCUUUUGGCAGAGAGCCCCAACCAGGUGGUAGCUGAGGCUGUCAUCCAGAGGCCCAAUGUACCCCACCUGCAGACCAGAGACAUCUACGAGGGGUUAUGUCAGACCCUGGGAUCCCAGCCUACUCACUACCAGAUCCCUAGCCUCUACUGUUCGUAUGAGACAAAUUCGAGCCCCUACCUGCUGCUCCAGCCUGUCCGGAAGGAGGUCAUCCACCUGGAGCCCUAUGUUGUUCUCUUCCAUGACUUUGUCAGUGACGUGGAGGCUCAGAAAAUUAGAGGGCUUGCAGAACCGUGGCUACAGAGGUCUGUGGUGGCAUCCGGGGAGAAGCAGUUGCCAGUGGAGUACCGAAUCAGCAAAAGUGCCUGGCUGAAGGACACCGUCGACCCCCUGCUGGUGACCCUUGACCAUCGCAUUGGUGCCCUCACAGGCCUUGAUGUCCAGACUCCCUACGCAGAGUAUCUCCAGGUGGUGAAUUAUGGAAUUGGUGGUCACUAUGAGCCUCACUUUGACCAUGCUACGUCACCAACUAGCCCACUGUACAGAAUGAAGUCUGGGAACCGAGUUGCAACAUUUAUGAUCUAUCUGAGCUCCGUGGAAGCUGGAGGAGCCACUGCCUUCAUCUAUGCCAACUUUAGCGUGCCCGUGGUCAAGAAUGCAGCACUGUUUUGGUGGAAUCUGCACAGGAGUGGUGAAGGGGAUGGUGACACACUUCAUGCGGGCUGUCCUGUCCUGGUGGGAGAUAAGUGGGUGGCCAACAAGUGGAUACAUGAGUAUGGACAGGAGUUCCGCAGACCCUGCAGCUCAAGCCCUAAAGACUAAAACGUUGGCAGAGAGAAGCCGGUCUAGUCCUGUGACUUUCCGGAGAAGCCAGAAGCCAAAGGCCAGGCUAGGAGAGGAGAAAGGAGAGCUACCUUCUGGAAGAGGGCCUUGUCAGCAUUGCUUGUUCCCUGCAAAAGGAAGUGGUCUGUACCAGGCAACACCUGAGAAUUCUUCUCAAACCAUCAGAGUAGAACGGAUGGGCAAUACAUAGAAGGGGGCCAGAGGGCCAGAGGGAGAAGUUUCUGGGGCUCAGACACUCUAUGAUGGAAACAGGAUAUAUCAGUAGUCCCUGGGGUUUGGUCAGUGGGGUUUUUGCCACUCUGAGCCUUGACCACAGGGGCCCAGAAGUGGCAAUGAGGACACCUACAGGAGGGGGCUAGCCUAACUCCCAUGGCUUUUUGCCCUUCUCCCCACUGACUUCUGAAGACUGAGCAGGGACUGUCUCCUUAACAGGAGUGUACCUCAUAGGAUUGUUUUUUCAAGCAGAAUGAAACUUUCUUCUUUUUUUAAUACGAUGAUUUUUUAAUACAGCCAUUAAAAAUGUUUACAAAUCAUUUUUCACAACCAAGAAUAUUCUUACAUUAUAACAUUGAAUAAAAAAUAUAUAUAUAAAUUGUAUUUAUGCUAUAAUCUCAACUUGGCUCACCUCCCACCAGUCCCCCUCUUGUUAUAUUCCAGACACAUGACAUUCUUUUUUUUCCUAAAACCGCUAUGCUCAUCGUCAUCAGCAUCGUUCCCACCUUUCAGGUCUUUGCAUUUGCUGCUCCCUCAAAUUGCCCCCAUGGCCAAAUGCUUCUCGUCAUCCCACUCUGGGCUCAAUGUCACUACAGACCUUUCUUCCCUGACCAUGCGAACUGCCAGCCGUUUUCUUUCAUGUUAACUGAUUUUAUUUUCUUCAUAACACGUUUCUCAAAUUGAAAUUAGUCAAGUCAUUUGUGGUCAGUUGUCUUCCCUGCAGGGUGAGUGCUUUAAGGAUCUCACUAUACUUUGUCCAUGCUUCUCUAAUAGCCCCCAUUGCACUGAAUUUCAGUAUUUGUUUAUUUGCCUGGCUGCUUGCACUAAACUCUGCACUCCUUCCUCCUCUUGGUAUCCCCAGAAGAAGGUCUGGUUCAAAUAAGUAGGCAUUCAGCAAAUAUUUUUGGAUAAAUGAAUAAAAAGGCAUCUUUUGAGCUGUGCUUUGGAGGACUGGUAGAAUUUUUAUAGGUAGAGUCUAAUGAGGAGAAGCAUUUCCCGGCAGAAGGCCUAGCAUGAGCUAAGGCUGUAUUGAUAAGUGACUGUAAUGUUUGAGCACUUAUGCAGAGCACAUUCCAGGCAACUUGGCUCAGGUUUCUCAACAAGGGCGGGAGUGUGUGUCUCGCACACAAAGAAGGCACACAGUUGAAGGACUGCGUGGUUGGAUGCUGUGUUGUCUCUGCCCUGUCCCGGCACCAUGCACUUCAGGAUUUCUGCUUCCCAGAGCUUGUGGCCCCUAAGGAAAGGGUUCUGAUGUGAUAUCCAGCUUCCUCCAGGGCCUCAGUGAGCACCUGGUCACAUCUUCAGUAUUUCUGCUGAGUGUGCCAAGAUUCUGGAAAUCCUCUCACUAAAUCACUAAAUUUUGUCAUGCAGGGAAGGGAAUUUUACUUGCACCCUUCUGUAUUCUUAGCUGAGGCCUCUGUAAUAAAAGACAGAUUAACAAGAGAAAAAUAGAAUUUUAUGAACAUGUAUACCUCAUGUAUAAUUGGGAGACACUGAGGGAAAAAUGACUAACUCCCCUAGGUGGCUUAGAAUUCAGGAUUAAACAUCAUCUUAAUAGGGAAAGGGGAGGAGGAGAUGUAGGACUCUUAGGGGAGAUUUUUAGGAAAGAUGAAUGGGCCCUUAGAAAAACAAGGUAUGAUAGUUUGUGACAAAGUCUGUCUGGGUGUGCUACUUCUAGUCUCUCCUGUGGUAAGAGUCAAUCUUUCCCAGUUAUGGAAACUUCCAGGGAGGAGAUUUAUGACAAUUGACUUCCUUUGGAAGGAUCUGUCUUUAGGCAGAUAAGGGGAGUUCAGAGAAAGCCGCUCCCUGCAUUUGCUGUUUUUCAAGUGCCUACGGCUCAAAAUAAUGUGCCAGAGUGGCAUAUUUGGGGGUGGCAUGGUCUGCUACUCUCGGUCACAUACUGAGGCUCCAGAGGACUGGGCCUGAAACAGAAAGCUACUGUCUAUGAGCAACACGGCUCCCCUUCUUUACUGCUGCAGGCAUCAGAGCCCAGCCUUCUCAGAACUGCAGGGUCGGUCUUAGCUAAUAACAGCAACGGUGAACUUGGUGAGUUUACCGUUCUAGGGGCACUGUUCUAAGGGCCUAUAUGUAUCAAUGACUUCAUGUUCAUCCCAACCCUGUGAGGUCGGUACAGUAUUAUGCCUGUUUUACAGAUAUGGAGGCAGAGGUGCAGUUAAGUAACCUGCCCAAGUCCCAGUCUGGCUCCAGUCCUUGUGCUUUGAACCACUACUUUUGCAAUGUCUGACAUGUGGCAAUUAUCACACAUCCUGAUCAGGUGACUGAGGCCCAAGAACUGUCUGGCAAUAAGUGUUUACUGAGCAUUUCCCAGGGGCAGGCCUAGGCCCAGGCAUGUUGUAGGGGUCCUGAGAGGUGCAGGAUGCAGUCCCUGGGAGCUGAUGGCUGGUAGGGAGAUGAGACAAGUGCAUCCAGUGUUACAUGGAAGUUAAGCACAACGUGAAAAGGUUGCAUGUAGUAAGAGACAAAUUAGUGAAUGCUGCAGUCCAGAGCUGAAGGGAUCGUUGUGGCCUGGGGUAGCCUCACUGUUUAUCCAAAUCACAUAGCCAAGGUGCUGACUCCGUGCCAAGCCCUUGCAGGCACCAGGAAUGGAGAGGAGAAUUAAGAUGCUGACCCUGCCCAGAUCCUCAAAUCAUUAUAAGACAGUGUAGCCACAGGUGGAAACAGGGACACAGCACUGAGAAGCUCCUCAGAGGCUUCAUGGGAAGGAGAGACUGACCAAGUCUUCAAGAUGCUGAGGGUGUGGAGAGGCUUGGAAGGAAGGGCAGGGCUGUGCAAACAUAGGGUAUGCCUGUCCCUAGAGCUAUGAAUAGUACCACCUCACUUCUGGUCAGUCUGUCAGUUUUCAAAAACACUUUUAGCACUCCUCUUGAACCUCACCUACCCAGGGAGGAAAGGAGAGCAGGCAUUAUGGAAAGCAAGGUCUGGAAUGGUUAGUGGCUUGCCUGGGGUUACAUAGUAGAGCUUGGCCUGAGGCCUCGUCUGUCUCUUUUACCAGUGCUCUUUCCAUUCAGUGGUUAUCAAAGAUAUGUUCCUCCAUUGUGCCACAACUGGAGAGUGUGAAGGCCUUAUUCUUUUAUAUUUGCACCAGUCUCCAUGCCCUCAGAAACUCUGACUAGUCCUGCUAGGAAGUGGUAUGCUUUGGGGCCCCAACAGUGCUUAGUGGGUAGGGAGCUAAUUCAGGAUAGGACUGACUGUGGUUUGGGGCACUGCUUGUUUAUAAUUUUGUUUCUUUCUUUCUUGCACUGUUCUUCAGUCUUUUUUCUAACAGCCUUGUCCAAGGGAGCUGUUAUGUAUCACUCCAACAAGCCUUACUCCAGAGAAUAUUCUUUUAAGUAAAUGACUAUUAUCAUUAUCACCAGUGACCACGUUCUGGCCGUACACUGUAGGCCAGGCACUGUGCUAAGAACUUGGGUAUACUUGUCCCCUUCAAUGCUUACAGUGAGAUGGGUACUACUAUCUCCAUUUUGCAGAUGAGAGAAACCGAGGCAGAGAACAUGUAACUUGCCUGAGGUUAUACAGCUAUAAAGUGGCAGAAGCAGGAUUCAAAUCUAGGUCUGUCUCCAAAGAUCUUAACUAGCCUUUUGUUGCCUGCACUACAUGGUAUUUUGCUCCCAUUGGCAGUAAUGUCUCUGAAGCCAGUGAUUUUUGAGAGGAGUCUCCAACCCCUUCCCAGGUGUUGAGAGGUCGAUCCUUCCUGCCCCAGUGCCUAAUGGUUACGAAUCCUAUCAGAUGUAGGUAUUUGUUGACUACUCAAAUGAAUCACCUCAAUUCCGCAGAGCUACAGUGAACACCUAUUGUGUGAACAGCUCCAUGCUAUGUGUUCCAUGAAAAUCCAAGAAAACGAGGAGGCCUGCUCCCUGCCCUUGAAGCAAAAAUAGCUAAUUGGAUAUAAUCAAGUGGAAAGCUGUGUGGUGUUACCCUAAGGAUCAUGGGAGCUGGGACAAAGGGCAGAACCCCACGGCUAAAGUGGGCGGAGAGGGCUUCCACACUGGGGCCCCGGGAACACAAUGGAAAGAGAAUGUGUGCUGAUGGAGGGCAGGGAGCACUUUUACGCACAAGGGGGCAGGGAGAGCUGUCUGGGAGAAGGAAGUGAGCGGGUGUUAAUCCUGGGGGGGUCCUUGUCCAGCAGUGCCAAGGGAAGCCAGCACAAACUGCCCUCUCGCAGAACCAUUCAAAGAGUCUCCCGUCUGGGGGACUCGGCUGCUCAAGCUGGUAGAAGGCAAGGGGAGCGUGGAGAAGGCAGACUGCUGUACACUGAGCAAAACUAUGAAAUCAGUUCAAAACUAGGGGAAGAGACAAACAUUUGUACCUACUCUGUGCCAGCUAUUUGAUCUCCCUUGUCUUACAACAAUUAUCCCUUUUGGCAAAGGAGGAAAAGGAGCCCCCCCCGCCCCGCCCCCAGACUUCCCUAAAUUCAAACAGCUAGAAGAAGAAGAGCUGGGAUCUGGAGCAUGAAGCUUCUCCCCACCAGCUACUUCUAACCAACCUCUUUCUCUCUGGACUUUUCUUUCUUCCUCACCUUGGGAUCCCCCUUUGGAAGGAGAGCCUGCCCCACCCCCCUCUUUUCUUUCUUCCCUUGCUCACUUGACCCUUCCCAGGAGGUGCCUGAUUGGCCUGUUCCCCUUGUGGUCUGAAUGGCAGAGGGUCCUACGGCCAGGAGCAUAUUUGCAUAUGAAGUGGGUUGCCCCUGGUGAAAUCAAAGAGGAUUUCAAAGGAAUGAAGUGCUAAGGGGACAGUCUUUUUGGCUAAGGGUUUGGGGGCAUGGCUCAGAUGGAUCCCCAGAGAGAACUACUGUUCCGUGUUCCUUAUGGAGCAUGAACUUUCAGAUGGAGCAUAAAGUAAUGAUGAUUAUACCUCUUGCUCAUCUGCUUGUCACCUUAUGGAGCAGGAGGGCAGCAGUUACUUCCCCCACGUGUAAGAGGCCAGCCACUUGGCUAGCCUCUGUUUCCAAGGUUUCGCCUGGCUACAGGCUGGGGUUUUCUAGCAAACUGCUGGGAGAGGAAACCAGCUCUAGGAAUAAGGCAGGCUCUUGAGUUUACAUAACUUUCUGAGCCCUGGACCCAGGCUGAGAAUGUGUUGAUUCUGGCCACUAGUGGGGCAGCCAGCUGGGGCAGAAGAGUUGGCUCAAAAACUCCCAUUCCUGCAGGGGAGAGUGCGACUGUCUUUUGUUUUCUCUACUUCGUUGUAGGCUCUCUUCCUGCUCUUCCCUUGAUAAAGUCCUGACCUUUUAACUCCCUACCCCCAGUUCUGAUGACAGACCCCUGAAUCCAACUGAAGGGUCCUUGGCAUCUCACUGUCCAAAUGAGCUUCUGUCUUGUUCAUUCCACCUCGAAGAUAAUGAGCUUUCCUCCUCUCUCAUUCCUGCAGCCACUGUCCUAGUUAAGUAUACCUUUGCGUUUUACCUGACUGAUAACACUGCCUCUUUACUGUCUUCCUGCCUGGAGUCUGGUGCCUACCAGUCCAUCUAUACGGUAUACUAGAGUUCCGUAACUUCUGACAACUCCCCAUUCUUUUUUUUUUUUUUUGAUUUUAUUUACUGGGGCGCCUGGGUGGCUCGGUUGGUUA